AUGCCGCCCGAAGUAUUAGACAAGCUAUUGGGUCUCAAGGCAGUUGCCAAGAGUUUCCCGUGGAUGGAAAAAUUCACUUUGGGUGUUUUACAGAAAAGUUCCAGAAACCUACAGUACAAGGAUUUCUUUGACCCAGUUGAGGGUGAGAAACCCAUGGUGAAAGAUGACGAUGAGGAGAAUGAAAGUGUUGAGGCAGAAGAGGAACCAGAACCAGAAGGAUUUGAGCAGGAGGAAGAAAUGGAUGAAAACCAGGAGAUGGCCAAGUUUGUGUGUGCCCAAGAGGCCAAAGGGACACAUCGGAAAGUUCGCUUUAACCUGCCAGAUGACACUGAUGGGGAGGAAUUAGCCGACAUGAGAGGAAGAAACAAACCAGAAGAGACAAAAUCAACCUUUGAGAAACGACAAGAAAAGCUGAAUGCACAAAUCCAACAGCUGGAACAAUCUUUCUUGGAGCAGAAGCCUUGGCAGCUUCUAGGAGAGGUCAGUGCCCAGAAACGACCAGAGAACAGCCUGCUGGAGGAGGACCUCCAGUUUGACCACGCAGUUAGGAAGGCUCCAGUAAUCACUGAGGAGACAACACUUAAACUGGAGGAUAUCAUUAUCCAGAGGAUUAAAGACCAGGCUUGGGAUGAUGUUGUACGUAAGGAAAGACCAAAAGAAGAGGCCUUUGAAUAUAAAAAGAGACUCACCUUGGACCAUGAGAAAAGCAAACUGAGCUUGGCUGAAGUUUAUGAGCAAGAAUAUCUAAAGCAAACUCAGCAAACAUCUGAAGUGGAGGAAGAUGUGCAGCAUGCUGAGAUCCAGAAGCUGAUGGAUUCCCUUUUCCUUAAACUGGAUGCACUCUCAAAUUUCCAGUUCGCACCCAAACCACCCGUGCCUGAAGUGAAGGUGGUCUCUAACCUGCCAUCUAUCUGUAUGGAGGAGGUAGCACCAGUGAAUGCUAGUGAUGCUACUUUGCUAGCACCAGAAGAAAUCAAGGAGAAGGGCCGAGCUGGAAAGCUCCAGGGAGCCACAGAAAAGACAGCAACAGACAAGAAACGAGACAGAAGGAAGAAAAAGAAACUGAAGCGUCUCCGACUGAAGGAAAAGGAAGCACAUCAGAAAGUGCUGGCGAAGCUGAAUGUGAAGCUGAGUAAUGAGCAAGUGAAGGAAAAGAAUGCUGAAACAUUGAGAAAAUUGACCCAGGAAGGAAAGGCAACAUUGUUGAAGGAUGAAGGCAAAGACAAAACUCUGCGGUCGUCAAAGGCCUUUUUCUCCCAGUUACAAGAUCAAGUGAAAGCUGAGCUGAGAGGAGCCAAGAUGGGAGCCAAGAAGCAAAACAAACAGAGAGCUCUAUCAGCAAGCAAGCUGAAACUUUAAUUCUGGGCCCUUCAGCUCCUUUGUAUUGUUACUUACCUGUAUCCUGUACCUACUUAUAAUUGUAUAUAAGAGCAUUCCAAAAACUUUAAUCCAAUAUCUUUAAUUUAAAACAUGACUGUUUCCAAAUAAAAUACCGACUUUUCUCUA